AUGUUCAGGAUGCCUCCCAGGGAGGAUGAGGAUUCAGAAACAUGUCAAUCUGACGGAGUGCCUUAUGCGGAUGAAAGACGUGUCGUCGGACUCCAGAAGCGACUGGAAGGUUUGGACAGGCUCCUUCGACAAAUAUGUCCAGGGGAACGAGAUUAUGAAGAAUGGCUUAGUUCGGUCGAAUCGAAUACCAUUGGCAAGCCUCUUAGCCGCCCUCGAACCCGACCGAGCUCGUUAGCCUUAGCAAGCUCUCCGAUUGAGAAACUCACGAAUGCUAUCCGUUCUGUUGGUGAAGACAACAUCGCUUCUUUGGACGACGGACAUGACCGCGGUGCUGCUCCAGCUGCCGCACCAGGAGUGAUAAGAUUGGCAGAUGAGUUCUUUGGCACGUCCAGUGCAGAGAUCCUGACCCGUAUUGCCCUCAGCGCGAAAGACGAAUACGCUUGCGCUCCGAAGGACCCCACUCGACCACCACUCUCUAAUAAACGUGAAGAAUUUUGGACUCCUCGGCCGUGGGAAAAGCCAUCCUCAUCCUUCCAGGCAGCUUCUUACACCUUCCCCGACCGCGACCUUGCUGAUAGCCUCAUUGACCUAUAUUUCAACCAUGUCAAUCUUUACCUCCCUCUCCUCCAUCGCCCGUCCUUUUGGAGAUUGACUCGGGAAGGCUUGCAAUUCAUGGAUGACGAAUUUGCAGCAGUAUAUCUCCUCGCCUGCUCCGUGGGCUCUCGGUUUUCGACCGACGCAAGGGUGCUUAUGGAUGGUAUCGAUUCCUUUCAUUCCGCUGGUUGGAAAUGGUACGCUCAAGUGGAGGUUGUUCAAGAAACUCCCCCCGCCGAGCCUACUCUAUAUAAUCUCCAGUCUUACUGUCUCAGUAUAAUGUUCUUGCAUUGCUCCUCGGCAUCGCUCGCGAUUUGGCCAAUGAUUGGGAUUGCCUUUCGGCUCGCUCAAGAAGUCGGGAUUCAUCGACGAAAUACUCGUGCACCUACAAUGGAAGGUGAACUCUGGAAGCGGACAUUCUGGGUCCUUUUGUGCCUCGAUAGAAUCAUGUGCGUCUCCUUGGGCCGGCCACUGACUGUCGAAGAGUGCGAUUAUGACCUCGACAUGCCCAUCGAUUGCGAUGACGAAUAUUGGGAGCAUCCUGACCUCGAGAAACGAUUCAAGCAACCAUUAAACAAACCAUCCUUGAUUUCGGCGUUUAUUCAACAGCUCAAAUUGAUGCAAAUUCUCUCGUACUGUAUUCGCGGGAUUUAUUCUUUGAGAAAAAUGAAUAUGCGACUUGGUCUGGAGGGCGAACAGUGGAAAUCGAAUAUCGUUGCUGAGUUAGACAUGAGCUUAAAUAAAUGGCUAGUUUCGCUUCCGGAACACUUGCGUUGGGACUUCACUCGCAAACAUGGCAAAUUCAUCAAUUUGUCGGCUAUGCUUCAUGUGCUUUUUUGUCACAUUCGUAUCCUUGUUCAUUGUCCAUUCUCGCUACCAGGCAAACCAUCGCCCCUGCCUUUCCCGUCUCUCGCUAUAUGCAGGGACGCCGCCCUAGCAGGGUGCAACAUUGCAUAUACUGCCCUCCAGCGAAAUGGAUUGCCCCCUAUGCCCGCUAUCCAGCUAUCAAUCUUCACCUAUACUGUGGUGCUAUUGUUCGCCAUAUGGGAUCGACAGAAGGCCGGAACCCCGCCUGAUUGGAGAGGCGAUGUGACGGAGGUGUUCAAGUGCCUGCAUGUUCUCAAGGUCGCGGAAGAACGGUGGUACCAGGCUGGCAGAAUGCGGGAUAUCCUCUCCGAGCUGGCCUUUGCAGGAGAUCCUAACCAGGAAGUGGCGUUGCAGCGUAAAGGAGGGCGGUCGUCUCCCCAAGACCUCCCAAGUUUCCUUUCGCAAGCGCUGGGCACUACUCUAUAUGGCCAAGGCGUCCUCCCGACUCCGCCUCCAAACCCACACCCAGAAAAGCCCCUCCCAGAAAGCUCCCUCCCCCAGACGAAGAUUGCUGACUCUGAAAUGCAACAGCAAACGCCGCUUUUGAGCAGACGAGCCACCAAGGAAUCAUCUAAAGACUUUGGCCUGCUGCGAGCACAACAAUACCGCUAUGAGUCUCAUCUGGACACCAUCAACUAUCCUUCACGACCACCGAGAUCAGUAGCAGCGAAAACAAUCGUGCAGCGGGAUCCUAGGGUGCACAUUUCGCCUUCUCUAGUCACCUCAGACUUUUGGUCCGCAUUCAAUGCUUCGCUGACCAUGCCAGUCAAUCCACCGGGUUGCGUUUCCGCUGGUGUUCAGAACCAUGUUAACUCUGCAUCGGAGUCUGCAAAUCCGAGCGCCUCUUCGCGAUUGUCCCUUGUGCAAACUAAUGCUCAUGCGUCGCCGUCAAUGAACGCUGAUGUGUUCCAGUAUCAACCGCCAGUUCCGCAACAUGCCCAACAAGAUCAACGUCAGAAUAGAGAUGAUAUAUACUUGACUGGCGAUGCAGCGACUCUGUGGCCCAUCAUGCCACCUGGGCUAGGCUUCGAUGCUUGGGACGAGUAUUUGCCGAAUACAAGUAGUUUCGACCUUGGAUGA